GCCUACAAAUAAUUCAUUUUUCCAAAACUAAAAAAAGAGGCGAACGAGAAGAGAAAGAAGAAGAAUAGGAAAGAUAAAGGGUGGAAAAGGGGGACCCGUAUGCUAAAUAGAUAUGUGCUUCCAAACAGACCCCAAAAAAACUCAAAACCGAGAGAUGAACACAAACAAACUAACAUGAUUUGCAGUUCACAAUCCUAAUUCCUAAGGAUUACACUUCUUCUCCAUUUAACCAAUUCAUCCCCUUCAAUUUCUCUUCUUCUUCCUUCAUUGAUGAAUUUCUAAGAAUUACAGCAGAAUUCAUCAGAAAAAUCAAACAAAAAUCACUGAGAAAGAAUAAAUUAUAUAGAGGGUAAUUCUUUGUAUUGUGUUGAAGAAUGGAGAAAUGAGGAAGUUUUGAUAAGUCAAGCUUGGAAAAUAGUGGAAUUCAUUGGGUUAUUCUGCCCUUUCUGGAUCGCUGUAAAUUGGAUUCAGAUCGGUAUGCCCUCUUAUUCAUCUCUUUUUUUCUCUUAUAUUAAUUUAAUUUGGUGUAGUAUUGUUUUCUUCAUUUGAUUUGAUUUGAAAACAAAUUUAGAUUUAUUGUUAUGAUUUUGAUAUGAAAUCUAUUGAUUGAAUAGGUGUUUAAAUUGGGGAAACUUGGUAGCUUCAAUUGUAUUAUUGAUUUUAUUGAAGAGAGGGAGAAAGUGAGAAAAUUGAAUUGGAUUAGAUUAGGUUUAGAAAUUUUGCUACCUUGCCCUAAUUGGGCUUGAAUUAGCUUAGACAUGUUGGAGGGAAGAUCCUGCUUGGUGUCAAGAGCGUUACUGAGCUCCUGUGAGCAAGAAACUAGGUGUAGUUACAUGAAUUUUCGAGCCAAUGGCAAACGCAGCUUAGAGUCUGAUCGAGAAGGGGAAGAGGGUUUGAGGAAAACACCUAAGUUUAGUGACACUGAGGAGAGAUUGUCUAGAGAUCAAUUUUACAGGAUAUCCUUGUCUUUAGCCCAAGUUAUUGGUCACUCUACAAGCCAACGCCAAUCGGGUGAUCGAUCUGAUAUGGAUUGCCUAAUUAACCCUAUAGGUCGUGACAUGACCAUUAAUUGUUUACUUCGUUGCUCUAGGGCCGAUUAUGGUUCAAUAGCCUCUUUGAACCGGAGCUUUCGCUCCUUAGUCAAGAGCGGUGAGAUUUAUAGAUUGAGGCGACAAAAUAAGGUGAUUGAGCAUUGGGUGUAUUUUUCUUGCCGCCUUCUGGAAUGGGUUGCCUUUGAUCCGGUUAGUCGUCGUUGGAUGCAACUGCCUAGGAUGAACUCUAAUGAAUGCUUCAUGUGUUCGGAUAAGGAGUCCUUGGCUGUUGGGACCGAGCUUCUUGUUUUCGGGAAGGACUUGAUGUCUCAUGUAAUUUAUAAGUAUAGCAUAUUGACAAACUCUUGGACAUCUGGUAUGAGUAUGAACUCUCCUAGGUGUUUAUUUGGGUCGGCUAGUCUUGGAGAGAUCGCUAUCUUAGCCGGUGGUUGUGACUCACAGGGUAACAUUCUUAGUUCAGCGGAGCUUUAUGAUUCCGAGAGGCAAACAUGGGAAACCCUUCCUCCCAUGAUCAAACGAAGGAAGAUGUGUUCCGGUGUAUUUAUGGACGGGAAAUUUUACGUAAUUGGUGGGAUCGGGGGCAAUGAAGAUAAGGUUUUAAAUUGUGGCGAGGAGUUUGAUCUUACCACAAGAACUUGGAGGGAGAUUCCCAACAUGUCUCCCGCGAAAUUGGUGGCUGCCUCUGAGAAUGAUAUGCCAGCCGCGGCUGAGGCUCCUCCUCUCGUGGCUGUUGUAAAUAAUGAAUUAUACGCUGCUGAUUAUGCUGACAUGGAGGUGAAGAAAUAUCAUAAAGAGACUAAGGAGUGGGUUAUUAUAGGUAGACUGCCUGAAAGAGCCGGCUCAAUGAAUGGUUGGGGUCUUGCAUUUCGGGCUUGUGGUGAUCGGGUUAUAGUUAUUGGAGGGCCAAGGGCUCAUGGUGAGGGCAUCAUUGAGGUGAACUCGUGGGUGCCUAGUGAAGGCCCUCCUCAAUGGGAGUUGCUCGGUACUAAGCAUUCAGGCAGCUUUGUCUAUAAUUGUGCUGUUAUGGGUUGCUGAUGAAAUUCGGACAUAUAAGAUUAGUGCCAUCGAGCUAUUCAUCCAAAAAUAGCACUACGAACAAAAAACCGAAAGAUGUUCUUGCUAAUGGGGGUAAUUAUCUUGAUGCUUGUUUCUUUUUCCUUCAUUUUCGAUUUGGUUGGGCUCAUUUAGGGAGGAAUUAAUUAACGAUUUUACUAAAGAUUCAAAUUGAUGUGUUUAGGUGGUUUUCGGGUUUCCUUCCUUUACUUUCACCUCGAUAUAAAGAUUUCAACAGAUGUUGUUAUGUAGAACAAAAACAGGACUUAAUAAUUUCGAGUCGAUACAUGGGGUUAGAUUUUUACCAAUACCAUUUUACAUUUUAGCUUUCCUAAGGUCAUAGAUUUAUUUAUAUCAGCUUCAUGAUCUUUGAUUUUCAUGCCAUUGUCAAAGGAGAAAAUAAGCUCCACAUUGUUUAUGUAAUUUUCAUCUUCUUUAUGAAUUUCAUGGGCUAUAUAGAUUUCAUUCUUCUCUUGCACCAAUUGUACUUGGGUCUUAAUUAAUACUGGUAAUUUUUGAUUUAUGAUCA